UACAAGUCACAAGUACCAAAUUGAUCCAACCCGCUACAAAAAUUAAAAGGCAACGUUGACAGUUGAACCCACUCCCACCCCCAGCUCCUCUCCCAUCUCAUUUGUGUCUGAACUCCUCGCGAUCUCUCUCCCUCUCCGACGAAUUCGACUUCUAAAGUAGCUUGGCAAAAUGUCCGGGCAAAGCCAGCGUUUGAAUGUCGUUCCUACAGUUACAAUGCUUGGUGUGAUCAAAGCUCGCCUUGUUGGUGCUACAAGAGGCCAUGCUCUGCUCAAGAAGAAGAGUGAUGCUUUGACUGUGCAGUUCCGUCAGAUUCUAAAGGACAUCGUGUCAACGAAGGAAUCAAUGGGAGAUGUCAUGAAAACUUCCUCCUUCGCUCUGACAGAGGCAAAAUAUGCUGCUGGCGAGAACAUUAAGCAUGUUGUCCUUGAAAAUGUCCAGAAUGCAACCAUUAAAGUUCGAUCCCAUAAUAUUGCGGGUGUAAAGCUCCCUAAAUUCGAGCAUUUCUCUGAAGGAGAGACAAAGAAUGACCUGACUGGAUUAGCUAGAGGGGGGCAACAGGUGCAAGCUUGCCGUGCUGCUUACGUGAAAUCUAUUGAGUUGCUUGUUGAGCUUGCCUCUCUACAGACAUCAUUCUUGACUCUUGAUGAGGCGAUCAAGACCACAAAUCGGAGGGUUAAUGCAUUGGAGAAUGUUGUGAAGCCACGGUUGGAGAACACAGUGCUUUACAUCAAAGGGGAACUUGAUGAACUGGAAAGGGAAGAUUUCUUUCGUCUGAAGAAGAUACAAGGUUACAAGAAGAGGGAGGUAGAGAGACAGAUGCUGGCUUCCAAGCAAUAUGCAGAGGAGAAGGCUGCAGAAGAAAUUUCCUUGAAGAGAGGUAUUUCGCUAGGUACAGCCCAUAACUUGCUAUCCCAUGCUUCACAGAAAGACGAGGACAUUAUUUUCUGAUAAGGAGAUCAAAUGAUUUAUUUAAAUUGCAUUGUGUGGCUUGUCUUUACUUGUCCUUCCUUACAAAUGGAUAAUUGAUUAGAUGGAGAGUCUUUUCGCAUUUAAUAAAAGCUCUAUGCAUGUUUGUAUUUAAAA